AUGAGUUCCAAACGCAGCGCGGUCGCGCUGGGCCUAGGAGCCGCCGCCGGCGCGGUGGCGUUCUACGUCCUCUCGCGCGACGGCGACAACAAGGAAGCGUUGUUGGAUGGUAUCGAGGCGCUACGCGAGGGCGUCGCCGACGUAACCGCGCGCGUGCGACGGGCGGCUGAAGCCGCUGUGGAGCGCGUGACCGCCAAAGAGUCAGAUCCACCGCCGCCCGCGCCCUCGCCGCCCAAGGCCUCGCCGCUGGCCGACCACGAGGCCUUCGACGAGGAGGGCGACGACGAAGAACCGCCCGAGGAACAGGACGAGGACGACGCUUUGGCGGACGCGCGCGAGGCCAUGGGCGACGCGACGCCGACCACCCGGGAUUCGUCGCCGGCAGUGUCGCCGCCCCGCAUCACGUACCCGAUCGGCGGUACUACGCCGACGAAGCCAUCUGAGGAGGAGAUCGAUGCUGCGGUUGACGAAUUGCUCCGUGGCGAGGGCUUUAUUGGCUCCCGGGAGCUCACGUCACAACUCCUCCAGGCGGCGGACGCGUCCCGGGCGCCGUGCCGUUCGCCGUUCGCGGAGCUGGGUGAUGGCGAGGGGCUCCCCCAGCAGUGA